UCCAGCUUUCCAGAAAGCUCAGCAUCACCCAAGUUUAGCCACAUGCGGGCGAUGUUGUCAGCGAUGAAGCCGAAGGUAAAGAAGCGUGAUCCUCUGUACGAGUCACCAGGAUCUCCGACGGGAGAUUAUUCCCCGAUCUCUGGUGGAGUAGUCAAGCCUUCGAGUCUGAUUGUUGCAGGGAUGGACAUCACGACGUGGCCGAUUGUCGAGAUCUCCGUCCCUGCUGGACCUUUGGGCAUCCUACUUGACGGAAGCUGCACCGACGCAGCUUUACUCGACGAUUUCGCCCCAGUGACCCGUGAAGGAUCACCUGGGGCUAUUGAAGCGAGUGGAAGCGUUCCUCAGGGCAGUGUGUUGAUCGGAAUGGAUAAGUUCGACUUCAUGCAACCAAGACAAACACUUGAGGAGAUCGGUACAGUCUUACGAGAAGCUGCUCACUUGAAACGUCAAUUACGCUUUAAAGUGCCACCUCAGAACAACCACAAGAACCCUCAAGAUGAUGACAAGUCAAAGCUUAUCAUCGGCCCAACAAGUAGCUCAACGGACCUCAGUGAGCCUAUAGGUGAAUCGUCCAACAUGUUCUCAGCGGAAGCAGUGUCUCCUCCUGUACAGCCAACGAAUGAUCCACUAGUUUCUCCAGCGCUGAAAACAGGUGGACCUGCUUCGUUUGUGCAAGUCACGGGGAUGGAAGACAGUCCUCUGGACUCCGACAAACGUCCGUAUGUGGCCAGCUCAACUGACAAAGUCGUGAGUGUGGAGGUUCCUCCAGGAUCUCUUGGUCUCAAUCUCGAUGGUACCGUUGCCAAUCGCGCUGUAGUUUUGGGGUUCGUGCCACUAUCCGAUGGAUCUCGUGGUGCACUAGAACGCAGCGGUAGUGUAUCUUCUGGUGCUGAAAUCGUGGAGAUUAAUGGCGAAGAUGUAUCGAAAGAAUCCUUGGCUGGUAUUCGAGAACGCCUUGGAUGUCUGAGUGGCGAACCUCGACGUCUAAGCUUCCGUCUUCCUGCUCCUAUCAAACUGACUGUCCAGCCAGUUCCAACGAGUGCUACAUCGCCAGUAGUGUCACCGUCGUCGGCUCCGAAAGCCCGGAGAAUGUCAGCCACUUCGAUGCAGCGGAUGAGUCUGAUCCAGGCGUCUUUACCGACUUACACGGAAGAUUUAAAGCUCCGCCGACGUCUUGAACUUCAGCUGGUCAUGAGUUAUGAUCGCAAGGAACUCAAGUCCAAAGAGUUCUGGUUUGCGAUUCAUUCAGAGUGGAUGAAUCGUUGGGCGCUCUUUGUAGGCAAGGAAGGACCUGAACCAGGUCCGAUCUCGAAUCACGAGUUACUGGAACCUGGUUUUGACACUGGCGAAGAUCCGAAUCAGGUCGUGCUUAUGCGUCCAGGUCUAGAGAUCACGAAGGACUUUCGAUUUGUGACGCCAAUGGUCUGGAGUUUACUGGCAGCUCUGCACGGACCUGGAGAUGCUCCCCCGAUUGCAAGAUUUGCACUUGAUAUCAACUCAGAAUCUCCUGAAGAUGUCAACGCUGUACUUCACGAAGCUAAGGGUCAAGCAACGGGUCUAGCUUCUAGUCUUCGCGAAAAAUGCCAGGUGGCGGUGAAGUGAGAGGUACAGAACUGGGCAUGACCUAUGCAAAAUAUUAACUACCCAUGAGGUCAUGCUUUGGUUCGAGUAGGGUAAGUCUUGUCGGAAGAGAACCUACAACUUGUUAAUAUUGAGGCAGAUGCUUCCUCACGACGGGUUGCCAAGCAUAUUCUUAAUACUGUUUCACUGUAUCCUUUCCGUGAUAGUUUACACCAAUUCACUUUUGCCAAG